AUGUUCCUUCGUUCCGUUACUCGCGCUGCUGCUCGCAGCUCGGCUGUGCCCACCACGGGCCUGCGCUCCUACCGCACCGUUUCGGGCCCAAUGGCUUGCCUGAACGCUCGUCCUCAGACUGAGAAGAAGUCUAUCGCUCCCCAGCAGACCCGCGCCGCCUCCGAGCAUGCCAUCUCGAAUCCCACACUCGCCGGUAUUGAGAAGCGCUGGGAGGCCAUGCCCCCUCAGGAGCAGGCCGAGCUGUGGAUGCAGCUGAGGGACCGCAUGAAGGUCGACUGGCACCAGAUGACUCUCCAGGAGAAGAAGGCCGCCUAC